AAAUCCUUUAAAAAAUUAAAUUAAAUUAUUAUUUCCAAAAAAUUCCUUUUUUUGGUCACUUCUAUUACCAACCUCAUAACUUUCAACUUUGAUCUUUACGUUUUCCAAAGUUUGAUCAGUUUAUGAAUUAAUUGCCUAAAAAAACAUCAUCAUUUUACAACAUGAUGGGGUUGGUUUUUUUCUAGCCUUAUCUUGAUUUUUCCAACUUUUGGAUACGUUACAUUUUGAUGAUAUUUUUAUACCUUUUAUAUUUCAACGUUAAUUUCAGCAAGUCAAUUUGGCUGAAGGUGGUAUCUUGAUCUGAUCAAAAAAGGAUUUUUGCUGAAUUUUUAUUGGGUUUUUAUCCUAAGAAACCUAAUAGAAAUUCAGCAUUUCUCUUGUUGAAAACAAAGGUCCUUAUUUUGUUGAAGUUUUUGUAACUCAUAAAGAUAAAUGGAUCAAUUCAGGCAGAUUGGUGAGGUAGUAGGGAGUUUAAAGGCUCUAAUGGUGUUGAAACAUGAUAUUCAAAUCAAUCAGAAGCAAUGUUGUUUCCUAUUAGAUAUGUAUAUUGAGGCUUUUGAUACAAUUUAUGAGGAAAUCAAACAUAAUUUAAGGUUAAAUGAGAGGAAUACAAAGUGGAAAGCUCUUGAGCAACCAAUGAAAGAGCUACAUAGGAUCUUUAAAGAAGGCGAAUCGUAUAUAAAAUAUUGUUUGGAUGUGAAAGAUUGGUGGGGAAAAGCGAUAAGUCUUCAUAUGAACAAAGAUUGUGUUGAGUUUCAUAUUCAUAACUUGCUUUGUUGUUUUCCUGUUGUUAUUGAGGCGAUUGAGACGGCUGCAGAAAUCUCAGGAUUCGACGAGGAGGAAAUGCAGAAGAGGAGAUCUGCAGUUAUGAAGAAAUAUGAUAGGGAAUUGAUCGAUCCGAGGUUUUUCCAGUGGAUGUAUGGGAAACAGUAUUUAGUUACGCGAGAAAUAUGUAGCCGGUUGGAGAGUUCUUGGAAAGAAGAUAGAUGGUUGCUUGUUGAAAACAUAGGGCAAAAGAAAAAUGCAGUUGCACCAGAUACUUUGUUAAAGCACGAGCAAAGGAUCGCGGAAUUCUUGCUAAGGAAAUUAGAUGGUGUUGAACAAAGUAACAAGAUGUUGUUACCUAGUUCAAUCUUAGUUGGAUCGAACGAUUAUCAUGUGAAGAGACGUUUAGGGUCGUGGGGUGGACAUGUUAAGGAGAUACAAUGGUUAGGCGAAAAUUUUGCUCUGAGGAACUUUUUUGGUGAUGUUGAACCGUUGCAUGCUGAAAUUUCUUUAGUGUUUUCGCUUUCACAUCCAAACAUAUUGCAAUAUCAUUGUGGUUUUUAUGAUGAAGAAAGGAAAGAAGGGUACCUUGUUAUGGAGCUGAUGAACGAUACUCUUGCGACGUAUAUAAAGGAGCAUUCUGGUCUGAGGAAAAGACCGCCAUUUUCUACGUCUGCAGCAGUUGAUAUUAUGCUUCAGAUUGCACGAGGGAUGGAGUAUUUGCACGCGAGAAAGAUCUAUCACGGAGAAUUGAACCCGUCUCAUGUCCUUCUUAAAGCAAGGAAUUCCUCAGCAGAGAGCUAUUUUCACGCGAAACUCAAAGGCUUUGGCUUAACUUCGAUUAAAAGUACUUACAAGACUGUCAACCACAACGCGGCUGACUCCAUUAUAUGGUAUGCCCCGGAAGUUCUAGCUGAACAUGAAAAGCCGGGAACCAAAUGCACAUCCAAGUAUACGGAGAAAGCUGAUGUCUAUAGCUUCGGAAUGAUAUGUUUCCAAAUCUUAACGGGGAAAGUUCCAUUCGAUGAAGGACAUUUGCAAGGCGAGAAAGUGGUGCGAAAUAUCAGAGCAGGGGAAAGGCCUCUCUUUCCAUAUCCUUCACCUAAAUACCUUGUAAACUUAACCAGAAGAUGCUGGCAUACGAACCCAAAUCUUCGCCCACGUUUCUCUUCUCUGUGCAGGAUCUUGCAUUACAUCAAGAAAGUUCUUGUCAUAAAUCCGGAACAUGGCCAGCCUGAAACUGCCCCUCCACUUGUCGACUAUUGUGAUAUCGAGGGUGGCUACUCGAAGAAAUUUCCUGAAGAGGAGAGCACGAGUUUGACCCCGGUAUCACAGAUUCCUUUUCAGAUGUUUGCUUACCGGCUGAUUGAAAAAGAGAAAAUUUCUGGAAAGAACUGGGAUUCAUCAAAUGAGAGUUUUUCAGUCCAUAGGCGAGCAUCGAUGCUGAGUGAUGACGGACAUCUGGCUGCGAUGGAUGAUCUCUUUCUUGCACCAAGCGAUGGAAGGUCAGUUUGCUCAGAGAUCAUUGACAGGAAAGAUUCAAGAUUGUUUGAUCAGAGAUCAGCUAUCUCAGAAAUACCACAUAGAAAGCUUUUCUUAUUCGAUCAAGCAUCAGUUGGCUCUGAGAGUCCGGACAGGAGAUUCUUGUCUGUAGCAGCAGACGAAAAGUUUUUCUUUGCUGAUAGUCCAGAUAGGAAAGUACUAUCAACACCAGUAGUUGAUAGGUCACCACGUAUCGACACACUGGAGAAAAAGAUCAUCUCAUCAAUGAGCAAGAACCAAAGACUGAAAUUUUCGGACAACCAGGAGAAGGUAAUGUCUCCAAAAGCAGGCGACGAAAAAUCUAAAGCAAAUGUUGCAGCUGAACAAAAUUUAGUAUCUCCUCGGACUUCAGAGAAGAUUAAAUCAGCCGAGCAAAAUUUAGUAUCUCCUCGGACUACAGAGAAGAUGAUAUCAGCUGAGCAAAAUUUAGUAUCUCCUCGGACUUCAGAUAAGAAAAUUUCAUCUGAUGAUCAGAAACUGACUAAUUACGAGACUCAAGAAAAGAAACAUGCAUCAGACGAUCAGAAACUAAUCAGUUCCGGAGCUCCUGAGAAGAAACAUUCAUCUGAUGAUAGGAAAUUACUACAUUCCAAGACUCCAGAAAGGAUUAAGUCGUCAACUGUCGAUGACAAGUCACUUCAUGGCGAGCACGCGCAAAGGAAAAGUGUAAGGACUAGGAGAACAAACGAAAAGUUAUCGAAGAUUAUAGAGAAGAAAGUUCCAGAAACUAAUCAAAUUUCAAUGUCAUCCGAGAAUACUGAGACAACUGCAUCCAAGACCAGCAAUCAAAAGAUAACAUCGAAGAAAGAUCCGUUGCGCAACAAACUGCAGGAUACAAAGACUAGCUCUCUAACAGAGAAACUGAAUGAUGACUCACCAAGAUCUUCACCAGCUAGAGCUAAGAGAAUACAUUCAUCACCGAUGUCUUCACCAACACGAACACCAAAGACAUCUUCAAGAUCAUCACCAACAAUCGCCACAAAGGGAUAUGUAUAUCAAUCUCCAAGUUCGUCGCCAUUAAAUCCAUGUUCUCGAUGUGCUAGAGUAAAUCGAGAGUGCCAACCUUCAGGUAUGAGCCCACAUAUACAACGGAAAGCUCAUCCGUCUCAUUCAGAGAUCGCGUAGCUCUUCAUCUGUCACUUAAUGCAUAUACAGCAGUAUUUGCACUGAAUAGAUUCAUACAAUGUACUCACUCAAGGCUAAGAUUUCUUUAGUCCCAGGUUAGAGCUACAAAACCUCCCCGGCUUUUCAUGGGGGCCUUUGUAACAAGAGAAAUAUGCACUAUUACUAUAUAUACAGUUUUCCACCUUACUCGUUAGUUAAACAAUUUCGUAUUUAAA